UCACAUGUUACCACGUGACUUGUGCUGAAGUCACGCGAUAUUCUGACGUCACUUUUCGCGCGGAGUUUGUUGUAGGCGGAAAAGCUUCAGUGUAAAAGUCCGGUGGUCGAGUUGUUUAACGGAGUUUGUUCCGCUCGCUGAGUGUUUCACGACUGGAACAUUAACUCGUGGCGACAUUGCGCCUUGAUAACAUGCUCCUCUGACAAACUACGAGCAACUGAAGCGAUGGAGCUGUCUCCUGUGUGCACUGAAGGCAUCAGCACAGACGGAUGUAUCAUCAAAUCUGACAGAGCCCCGAGAAAAAGCAAGGUCCCAAGAGAUGUAGAGGUGGACAUUGAGUUCCUCCAUAAAGCCGUUCCUCAGCUGGCCAAGGUUUUCCGCAUCGUAGACAAAAUUGGAGAAGGUACCUUCAGCUCUGUGUACCUGGGUGAGGCUCAGAUGCGUGACGGAAGUAGAGAGAGGUUUGCUCUGAAGCACCUCAUUCCAACCAGCCAUCCUACACGCAUUGCUGCUGAGCUUCAGUGUCUCACUGUUGCUGGAGGCAGAGAGAAUGUGAUGGGGGCGACUUACUGCUUCAGGAAGGAGGACCAUGUUGUGAUUGUCAUGCCGUAUAUGGAGCAUCAAGCUAUUGUGGACAUCAUCAGCUCACUGACCUUCGAAGAGGUUCGUCUGUACAUCUAUCACCUUUUGAAAUCCCUGAAACACAUCCACCAGUUUGGAAUCAUUCACCGAGACAUCAAACCAAAUAACUUCCUCUACAACAGGAACAGCAAAAUGUAUGCUCUGGUGGACUUUGGCUUGGCUCAGGGAACAGCGGACACACAGAUUGAGCUGUUGAAGGUGGUGAGGCAGAGGCCAACACAAAAAGGUGGAGGGUCCACGGGGAAACAAGACACCACACAUCGGAGCAAAGCACAACCCAGACUCCUCCAUCCCAAAACCACAGCAAGCACCACAGCCUCAACCUCACUACCUGUGCCCUCCAGGCAGUCCACGGCACGGCCACCUUCCUCCUCUUCUUCCUCAACUACCACUACCACACCUUCCUCAGCCUCUCGGAGAGCACUAGUUAAAAAAGCACGUUCUGUCACCACCACUGUCACCACCUCCACAUCUCGCACAAAGCACACAAAGGAUUUGACAAGACUGAGCAAAGUGCCACGGCCGGUUUUUGGAGAGAAGAACCUCAACAGCUGCCUUCCAGCUUCCUCCACCACCAAACAGGCUGCCAUUAUGACAGAGCUGGUAAAACCCAUCAAAACAGAGGACCCUGCCAGCAGGAGGUACUCCUCAGCCAGCCGUGGGCCUGUGGCUGUCAGGAGCCAGAGUCAGAAACCUCAGAGGAUUCUACAGCAGGGCCUCACCUGUAACUGCUACAUGACGGACCGCGUCUGCAACGUCUGCUUGUCCAGGAAGCAGCAGGUGGCACCCAGGGCUGGAACUCCAGGCUUCAGAGCACCAGAAGUCCUCACAAAGUGUCCCAACCAAGGAACAGCCAUAGACGUGUGGUCAGCUGGUGUGAUUCUGCUCUCGCUGCUCAGUGGUCGUUACCCGUUCUUCAAAGCCAGCGAUGACCUGAUUGCUCUCACUCAGAUUAUGACCAUUCGAGGCUCCAGGGAGACCAUACAGGCUGCCAAGUCGUUUGGUAAGGCGCUGGUGUGCUGUCGGGAGCUACCAAGGCAGGAUCUCAGAACUUUGUGUGAGACACUGAGAGGACGAAGACCAUCACCUGAUGAUGAAGUCACACCCCUCCAUGGAGCAAGUAAAGACUCCGCUCAACAUCCAAAGAUCCCAGAUGAUACACCUACACAUCGUCCCACUGAUGGAAUAUCGAAGCAGCAUGAAGGUGGAGUAGGUCAAACUCUCUCAAACCAUCCUGAGAACUCAAGCAGCAAAGACGCUUCCACCCGCCUUGAUAAACAGACCUCAGAGGUGGAGAGCAGUGAGCGGGGCUGGGACAGAGUCCCUGAUGAAGCCUACAACUUGCUUGACCGGCUGCUGGACCUGAACCCCGCCACCAGGAUCACAGCUGCUCAGGCACUGCAGCACUCGCUGUUCAAAGACCUGUGACGGAUCACGUAGCUGCUGGACUUCAGGAUAUGAGUCAGACGUAGAGAAGAUGGAACCCGACUGGAACAAAGUUUAAAUCUUUUGUGUGGAGACAUUAUCAGAACAAAGUGAGAUGAGGUUAAUCUGUGUGUUUGUGUGUGUCUCUACACAGAUUAAAUAUUAAUGCUGGUUUGACUUUGGGGUUCACAGGCUUGUAUUUAAGAGUUAGCAUGAGUUAUAUUCAUGGCAGCGAUGGUGUAGAAGAGAGAAUUGUGAGGAUUCAGUAUUGAUUUGAGGCAAUACAUUAGCAGUUCUAAAUUUAGAGAAUGGAUAUUUAAUAUUUUUGUUUGUCUCGUCUUGUAAAGGGAAUCGUCAGUAUGUUCUUUACUCUUGUUUACUGCCUAUCACCACUGUAUGGACUGAGUGUACCUGAGGUAUGAAUGUGUCUUCAUUUGAAGGUGUUUCAUGUCCAUCUGUAUUUUAUAAAUGUGAGUAUGAAUGUGUUUAUUUUAUAAUAAAGACAUAAAC